AUGAAUCAGUGUGAUUCACCAUAUGACUGUGCUGUCGCACCAAGCCCAAUCGUUCGGACUUAUCGACCUGAUCCUCCCUCGAAACGCAAGCUCUCCAACAUGACCUCCACAAAGACUGGGCCACCACCUAGGCCUCUAGUCGUGCCCCGAGGCGCCAGUACCCCGCGGCCCGAAGCCCGAUCAGCAGGUACAGCUGAAAGAGCUGGUAGAAAUGAAAGCCUAGUGGACAUGGUUCGAUUCUUCCAGACUCAAAAUAUGCCCGCUCAGCCCCCUCCAUCUCAACCUCCAUCUCAACCCCACUCUCGGGCUCCUUCUCAAAUUCAACCCUCGAGCCCUCCCGAUACGACUACUGCACUACCGGUUCCUAUUUCGCCUGAACCAUCGAAGCCAGAAUUGAAGCCUGAACCGAAACCAGAUCCAAAGCAGGAUCUGAAGCCAUUCCAUCGUCGCCUUUUGCAGUUUGCACAGCGCCAAAAGAAAGAAUCAACGCCCAGAUCAAAAGAAGAAGAACAACGACGCCAAAUUGAAGCACUAACAAGGGGAGGAUUUAUUAUCCCAGACCGUCCUCCAAAGGAGUCGAAGGCACAAAAGGAGGCAAAGCGAUCAAAAGAAAGCAUGUCACUAUCACUCUCUCGGUCUCUUUCCAAAUCAAAGAAAGACGUGGAAAACAUUGGACAGCCAUGGCUGCAAGCCAAAGUCGAUGGUAGCAGGCGACCAACUGAGACAAGACGUCGCUUGGCCUCUUUGGAUCUUGAUGACUUUGGUUCAAUGGUCGACGUCGCAGUCUCACUCAAAUCCGAUUUCGACGAUUCUGUGCCACCGCCAUAUCAGCCAAACGAUCAAGCCUCUUCCCAAUCGCCAUCAGCUACCCCGAAUUUAAGGGCUACGGCAGAUUCCAGUCCUGAAGAUAUCAUCCGACCAACUUCCUCAUUGGCUUCUACUAGUCAUUCCUAUAGGGACGUCUCGAUUGAUGAGCAAAUCCGACGGCCAUCUACCUCUACAGAGCCGAGUACUCGUGCCGACCCUGUCUCACGAGUCACUGUUAAUGCAUCCUUGAGUGUUAAUGCGACAGAGUCACAGUCUAGACUGUCCAUUGAUAGCCAAAAGCGAACUCCAUCAGACCAGUCUUCUGUUCGCAAUGUGACGCCCUUGACACCCACUUUGAAACUUUUCCCUAAUGUUGCACCUCCUCGCAAAUCUAGCAAGGGCGCAUGGAGAAAUUCUGCAACUCCUCGGUAUCAAACGAUCGAAAAUCCCACAGCAUCACCGGCAUCCCACCCAUCCCCGCCAUCUAGCUCACGAACUGGACCUUCUGAAAACGUACCCGAAGUUCCAGAUAAGCCACAGGCAUCAUCGGAUGGUUUAAUAGAUGCUCCAAUUAUUGAGGCAGAACCAAAGAGCUCAGACGCCCUUGUACCUUGUUCCACGUCUUCUGCAGCGGCAAAAUCUGUAGAAAAAGCUCCCAAGGAUUCUGCAUUACAAGAUCAGACCAAAAGUCGACCGCUCUCGUUGUCUCUGGGCGCGCUGAAGGCAUUCCCUCUCCCAGCGCCUACAAGACCCCUGCCAUCACUGCCCAAAGGCAAAUGCGCACCGAGUACUCCGGGCACUAACGCUCGCUCUAUUCGAGCGAUUGGUGCAAGGUCGUCGUCCAAUCUGCAUUCUCCCCCGCCAACACUGGUUGAAGACCAGGAGGUCGGCCCCACUGUCGACAGUUCUUGUACCCUUGACUCGCCCCCGGCAACCGAUCUCGGCGGCGUCGAUGCCGGAGAGUCAAUAGUCGAUGACGAGGAAAGCUUGUUUACCACUUCGCUUUCGGAACACUACCAGCCAACCCCGGAACAUUGCACUCCUAGAGGACGUGUUUCAAGCGUGCGCAUUCCUCGAAUGCAAGAUCUCCCCGAAAGCCCUUCAAGUCAAUGCGAUGCAGCGGUUUCAGAGGGGCAGCCUUUGGCCGACUCUCCUGUACUAGGACACUCUACCCCUGCAAACCCUAAUGACAAACGUGCUGUUCUGAAGGAGCUUCAGAUCAAUGCCCAAGCCAGCCGAAAGAAUCUUCCAUUCGGUUUACCAACGCCUCCACCCACUGCAUCACUCCCAUCAGCUCCACCUCAGCAUGCACCUCCUCCGCCCCCUGGGCGAAAGGUUGGCCAACGCAAAUACACUGCGCCUGACGUGGCCGCUCUGCCAUCAAUGAGGAACAUGGAGGUGAAUCAUGCACCGGGGCCCUAUCGAGGCUCGACCAUAUCCCGGAGCGACAGCUCAGGGAGCAGCCUCCGACAUGAGAGCUUCCCCGACACAUACCAACAAAGUCACCCUGAAUCUCGCCCCGAGUCUCCACUUCCAUCAUCAGACGAUGAGGUCUUUGGCCCAGGGGCAAAUUCCAAUCACUCGCGUCGGGAGACCGAUAAAUACCAACGCAUCCAGCCAACACGCCGGGGAUAUGAGACAAUGGAUCCACGGAUAUCCAACAGUCGACUUCGUUACCCGAAUCCCGCGCGCCCUAUGACACCCCAAAGCCGCAGCAUCCACAGUCUUGAGAGGACUGCGUCCACUCAGUCACAAUAUUCUCAAUCAACCCACAGAUCAAGGGAGUCUCAAAGCAGUCAGAACACCCGCGCUGCCCCUCAAGAUCACUACCUCGAGGACCGGGUCGCGAAUCUGGAACGCCAGAACCAGAUUCUACAAGCCGCUCUCAUGGCAGCGCUCAACGCAGGAGUCAAGAAUCCUCUCGACAGUCUCAAUCUCGACCCAAACAUGUCAUCGGGCUUCCCACACGCUCCCUUUCCCCACCAAUACUCUGGCCGUCAUGCAUCGCGGCCUGACAGCUGGGUCAGCUCUUCUCGCAGCAGUGAGCACAGCGGGUUUGAGACUUCUAGCUCCCACCGAGAUACCCGGGCAAACGUCAAACAGCUGGACAACAUGAUCGAAGACAUUGAGUCUGGUUGGUUGUCGGACAAGUCCAGUUUCACUGGGGCUCGACCUGCCCGCAAACGAUAG